GGGCGGGCGGCGCGGGGCGGGCUCGCCGGUGNCCCGCCGACCGCCGGCUGGAUCGAGAGACCCACCGGCUCCAGCAGCUACUGGGACAGCAACUGGGACAGGCGUGAACCACUGGCUCUUAUCAACCUCAAAAAGAAAAAUGAAGAAACUGGGGAAGAAGAACUUGCCUCUCGCUUAGAUCACUGCAAAGCAAAAGCCACCAGGCACAUAUUCCUUAUCCGUCAUUCCCAGUAUAAUUUGGAUGGCCGGGCUGAUAAAGACAGAACUCUGACCCCCCUGGGUCGAGAGCAGGCUGAACUGACUGGACACAGGCUGGCAAGUUUGGGAUUAAAAUUCGAUCAGAUUAUCCACUCCUCCAUGACUAGAGCAACUGAAACAACUGAAAUUAUAAGCAAACAUCUCCCAGGAGUCAAAAAAAUCAGUACUGAUUUGCUGAGAGAGGGAGCACCUAUAGAACCAGACCCUCCAGUCUCCCACUGGAAACCAGAAGCUGUGCAGUAUUAUGAAGAUGGAGCUCGAAUUGAGGCUGCUUUUCGAAACUUCAUUCAUAGAGCUGAUGCCAAGCAGGAGGAGGACAGCUACGAGAUCUUCGUGUGCCACGCCAACGUCAUCCGCUACAUCGUGUGCAGAGCACUGCAGUUCCCCCCAGAAGGCUGGCUGCGACUGUCUCUCAACAAUGGCAGCAUCACUCACUUGGUGAUACGUCCCAACGGCAGAGUGGCCCUUCGAACACUGGGUGACACAGGUUUCAUGCCUCCAGACAAAAUCACACGCACCUGAAUGAGCCAAAUGGAUGGAAGGCUGUUGAGGAGUUGCCUCUAGUCUCUUUGCACUAGCACAUUCUGCUACAGUACCACUAGAUUUUUAUUAUGUUGGGGUGUGAUGCUGUCUUAAAAUGUCCUUUAGCCUCAUUCCUCCUUCAUAUUCAUAUCUCUGCCUUUCAGUCCAGAAAAGAAGAAACCUUUGUAAGCCUGAACAUGUCCAGUCCUUAAAGUACUCCCCAAAACUCAAAGCUGAGCUGUGGAAUACAGGUUGAAUGUCUGCUCAGCACUGACUUUUCCCCCACCCUGCUGUGAAUUUCUCUAACCAAAGCUUGCUCCUGUGGGUAUUUUUCUUGUGCAGGAAAGCGACUGGUAUGGGAACAGCCUUGUAUCACACUGCAGCUAAAACAAAAGGUGAGCCAGCUUGUUCCAGCUCCUGCAGAAGUGACAAACAGGGUAUUCUGCUGUCCAAAGGACAAAGCUUCAGUUUUUGUAAGCUGUUGAGUGUGUAUGUUGAUGUUGUGUCAUUCUUACCCUCUGCCCCCAAAACGCCCAUGUAAACUGUGCCUGGAGGUUACAAGCAUAAAAGAAAGAGGGUAAAAAACAUUUGCCUCAGAGCUGUGGUGCUAGAACUAACUGCUGCUUAUACUAAGUGUUCCAUCAUCCUCAGGAUGUCCUUUAAAAUGUUCUUAGGACUGUUUUUCAGUCUUAUAAAGCCUUUAAGCAAAACAUGGUUUGGAGAAGGCUGUAGGGAUUAGACUGUAACAGGAAGAUGGGAGGAAAGAAAAGCAGCAAUCUUCUAAAAGUGCUUUCAGUUACUGACAUUUUUGAGUGCUCUUUCCCAGUGAUUGGUAUUUGUUGAUACCUUACUUUGAGAGUAGAGCGAUAGCACCGCUGGGUUCAGGGUAGUGAUUCUGCAGGUCCUUGCAGCACUGGAGAAAACUGCUGUUGCCAGAGUAGUGAGCAGGUGGCCACGGAAUGGCUUGUCUAGGGCAAGUGUAAGGGACAGGCAUUGAGCUGGAUAUUCCAAGUGCCUCCUUCAUACAGCUCUGACACUGCUGGGCUUUUGGGAGGGGAGGGCUCAGCAGCAUUCUGAAGCUUACUAGGCACCUGAACCAAUGUAGAAACUUGGCUCAGUUAAUAGUUGGAGGUUUGUGAAGUUUCACCACAUUAUCUGCUUUGGGGAGGGAGCACAGACUGUAGGACAGCAAACAGAAGUAGGACAGCAGACAAACAACUAACUUACUUGACAGAUUCUCUGAUCAAUAAGGAUGUUGAUUAGCUUACUCCUGUCAGAGCUGUAUGAAGCUUAAUCAGGGCACAUAACCUAUGGAGAAGAGGCUUUAAGGGCUUGAUACUGAACCACUGCUGCAUCAGGGUAAGUUCAAGGAACAGGGACUGGUAAGGAACAAACUGUUGUGUAGUGUAAGAUGUGGGGGGCAAGAGGAAACCAUCAUGACGUAUCUCUCAUUGAUGCAAUGAGAAUAAUUUAUCAGUUUUUGUCUAUUAACUUUUUAAAAGUUUUGAAUAAAAUAUUUGGUCUGUCUUUCUUUCUUGUCUCUUCAGCUGAGUGGCUGCAUGGGCAGCUGUAGCAAGUGUGGCUGUAGCGCUGCAAGGACUGCCAGUGCAGGACCUGUUGUGGCUUACAGUGCUCAGAGCUGUUGCCCUUUCACCAAGCAUCUGAAAUGUAAACUUGAGGUGGGAGCAGAGCAGUUAAUUGUUACCAGCCAAAGAGCUGCCCAAAAGGGGAACUGCUGUAGCCUAACUGCAGCAAGGAACAGGAGCACUAGCACCUGUAAGAUUAAAAUUCUGUGGGUUUUUUUGUGUGUGUGUGUGCACAUGUGCCCUCUCACACAACAUCCCCUUUUACAUCCUGUGUCAGUGAACAAGCUCUUGCUGGGCAGCCAGUGACACAACACCUUUUUGCAUAGGUACAGAAAUUAACAAUAAUUCUGGUGACAAGGUGGGGGUGGAAAGUGUGAAAUUUAAAAUUAUGUCUUUUUUACUGUAGUCUGAGUUCCUGUCUCUUCAACACUGUAAGAGUCUUCUUUUAA